CUCGAGAAAUGAAGUGAUAGGUUAGGGAUAAGGGGGAGGGGGAGAGAGAGACAGACAGAGAAUACUUGGGUAUGAACUUUCAUUCUCUCCUGAGGAGUGAGGAGUGACUGACAGCAAGAAACCCAAGAAAGAAAGAAAACCCAAAAUGGAGAAGGCUCUAACAAAGGUUGGGAGUCUCAAAGCUGGUACUUUUUGGGCUUCCAAGAAAGCCAAAGAAGAGAUCUCCAACAUUUCCCAAGACCUCUCUACUUUCUCAAAUACCGUGGAAGAGAAGGCAAAAUGGAUAUUCAACAAGCUGAAAGGCAAGCCAAUGAAAGCCUUGCCAGAACUCCUGCGUGAGCACAACCUUCCUCCUGGCCUUUUCCCACAGAACAUAACAUGUUACGAAUUUGACAUAGCAAAGGGCAAGCUCAUCGUGUACUUGUCCUCACCCUGUGAGGUUAGCUUCAAGGACUCGUCCAUUGUAAGGUACGCCACUCGCGUCAAAGGGACAUUGUCGAGGGGAAAGCUCACUGGAAUAGAAGGAAUGAAGACAAAGGUCCUCGUAUGGGUUAAAGUCACCGGUGUGUCUGUUGAGAGCUACAAGUCAGACAAAGUUUGGUUCACAGCUGGUGUGAAGAAAUCUAGGCCCAAAGAUGCUUAUGAGAUGCCUAGAGAUGCUAUCAAAGUAGAAGAGUUUUAAUUCCAAUAUAUAUAUAUUUUAUGUUUUAGUAUGUGUUUUUUAUUAUCAAAUGUUGGUUUAGGAUAUGGUGUGCUUGAUCUUAUUCACUGGUACAUUCUUCAUUUCUGUAUAAAAUGGUUAAAUAUUUUGCGAGUUUGAUUCCUGUGAAGUCAGAUUGUCAGAUUGUGAAGUAAAUAUUUCAUUAAUUAAAGUAGUUUUCUGUUUUA